CGCCUAUCUCCUCCUCUCUUGUGCGCGAGUUAGAUAUGAAACUUGGAGCUGCUGCUGGGGAGCAACACACAAGUUUUUUUUUUGGGACGCUGAAAAAAAAAAAAAAACCAUUCGUGCCAGUCAGUGUGCGGGGGUUGGUGUUUUUGAGAAGGUGAAAAGGAAACGUGGAUGAAGGUGCAACCUCUCGACCCCCCUGGACACCCCUGAGCGUCUCUCAGUGUGAUGGAUGCAGAGGUGGUUCUGCAGGAGGAGGACAUGGAGGGGUCGUGGACUUUACUGUCCUGGCUGGCGUCCUGCCUCAUGGUGUUCGGGGGAGCCCUGCCCUAUGUGCCACAGUACCAGGAGAUCCAGAGGAGCAGCAACAGCGAGGGCUUCUCCACCAGAGUCUGCCUGGUGCUGCUCAUAGCCAACAUCCUGCGCAUCUUCUUCUGGAUAGGGAAGCAGUUUGAGCUCACCCUGCUGCUCCAGAGUGUGGUGAUGAUCAUCACCAUGUUCGCCAUGCUCCACCUCUGCUGCACGGUCCAAAACACCAACCGAGUGAGCACCAAGCAACACCGACUUUCAGACUUGGACUUUCGCUACUUCUGGAAGUGGAGCGUGUUCGAGGACUACCUGCUCUUCUGCUUCGGCUUCACUGUGCUGUGUGCAGUUGUCACCUUGCUGCUGCUGGACUCUGCUGUGUUUGUGGAGACACUGGGUUCCCUGGCCGUGAUGUUUGAGGCCAUGCUGGGUCUCCCGCAGCUGCUGCAAAACUUCCACAACCGCUCCACCAAAGGCAUGAGUGUGAAGAUGGUGCUGCUGUGGACAGCCGGUGACAUCUUCAAGACCACCUACUUCGUGAUGAACGAAAGCCCGGCUCAGUUCUGGGUUUGCGGUUUGGUCCAGAUCCUAAUCGACGUGGCCAUCCUGCUGCAGGUCCUUUUCUACAGCCAAGACACACGGGUCAAGCUAGGUUGAACGUGACGUAAAAAUCAGGGCUUCUGUGUGAAUUUCAAUGAGUCUAAUCUUUUUUUUUUUUUUUUGUGUUCAGCCUUCAGCCAAAGUAUCGUGGGUAUCAUGCAGAGCCAAACAUUUUAAAAGUGCAAUUAAGCAAACAUUUAUAACCUUGAACAAAUUACAAAUAACAAAACACAUUUUACUUUAAAUUGUUAGUGAGAUAAAGAAGUAGUUUGGUGCAUUUUAUACUAUUUAUUUGUUCUGUGUUGAACGUAACUUGGAUCCUGAAGCGUAGUGGACAUAGAAACUGUAAGAGGGAAACAUUACUCACGUUGGCAGCUCACUAACAGAAGGUGUGUGCUGCUGUAAUGGCAGCUGUAACAGCCAGUCCUACACUGGUAGCCCUGCACUGGAAUCUACUGCCUGACUGAUGAGUCUCCCUCUUCACACUCCACACGUCACUGGACUGUUCUCAUGAUACACAGAGAGAGAGUGUGUGUGUGUGUGUGUGUGUGUGUGUGUGUGUGUGUGUGUGUGAGAGUGACACGCUUGCUGGUGUGUCUGUGCAGCUGAAAUUGAUUUUUGCCGUUGGCAGCCAGCGCCAAGCCAAGGCCACAGAAUGUACACCAAGUAAUGGUAACUACUAAGAACAUCAAUCUGUGUGUUAUGACUCUACUUUGUGGUUUAAUUGAAAUGCAAGUCUUCCACGGGGUGUGUGAAAACCAUGAAGAAAUGUGGCCAUGCUGCAAUGCUUUGCACUGUACCUCAGUCACAGAAUCUUUUGUAUACACCAAAGAACACGUCAGACUUAAGGUCAAACUAUGUAACUAAUUAACAGUGUUAUGGAAUAUUUGUGGCGUUCUCUAGUGUCCCAUCGUCUGCUGAUUCUUUGACGUCUUUUUGCUCUUCCAAAUGGUCUCAAAGAACCAGUCAUAAGCAUGGUCGAUAAGCGAUGGUUAAAUCAACAUGCUGAGCAGGAAUAUUACAGUAGGCUGUAUUUUACCUUCAGUUAUUGAACACAUUUAGUGUUAACACUCAACUAAACAGGAAAAGACUUGAAUGUGUAGAAAACGUAUGAAUGAAAAGUCAACCAAGUGAGACUUGGUUUAGUUUUACAGAAGAGAUUUAAAUCUCAAGGGACUUCCUGGUUAAAUAAAGGUUAAAUUAAAAAAAAGUGCUAAAAAAAACUUUAACUUACUUUUAGGGACUUUAUAAAAGUUAUUGCCAUCCAGAGGGCUCUAAAUCUUAUGUUCCACAUUAUUAAUAUUUUCUUUCUCCUUGAAUUAAAAGACAUCUGUAACAAUAUCCCAAUAUCUGAAAAAUAAUAUUGAACGAUAUUGAUUUGGUGCAACUUGUUAAAGUGUGUACCGCAAUUUAAACCUUAAUAUAUUUAUGUAACUAUGCUUUAGCCUCCCACACACACACAUUUGAAGUGGAAGUGCCAAAUUUAUGGCACAAAAUAUUAAAUAUUCCAGUCAAGAGAAGAAACUACUCCUCCAAUUAGCCAAAAGAAAAAGUACCCUCCCCUUUUCCCCAAAUCAAUUCUCAGACGGUGCCUUUAGAUUAGAAUAUUUAGUUUCCCUUUCAUUGCAUGUUUAGUCAUUCCUAGACAGGCCAUCUAAAGUAGUAAACAAACUUUGAAAUGUCUUCAUUCACCCCAAAAUGCCCCAUUAAACAGAGGACAGUUUAUGUAAUGCAUGCCAUUACAGAAACAUUAAAACCUUAUUUAUCCAUUCCAGCCUUCCAAAAUGAACAAAUAUUUUAUUAAGAAGUUCUGUUUAUAAUCGAAACACUAAUCUACCAAUAUAGUCUCAUGGAAAGUAGUUUCACCCGUUUCUUGAUAGUUCCGUCUUACCAAAGCACUGCAGGCUAAAACACAGCAGCAGCAGCUGAUCAGUAGUCCGCACAGGUUUCUUUUUUCCUCUCCUUAGCCAUGAUUUAAUUAAGUAAUACAGCCACUGUACCUGCUUACGAAGUCUUUCAGUCACCUUUUUACUUAGCAGCCAAUUUGUGUCCGUCUCUUAAUCAAUACCUGUCUGUCUUUAGUUUCUCUCCAGUAAACAUCUCGUUUAAACUACACACUGCAGUGCAAGCUGGCUGCUUCCCCCGUUUCCAGUCUUUAUGCUAAGCUAAGCUAACGGCCUGCUGGCUGGAGCUUCAUAUUCACUGUACAAACAUGAGAGUGGUAUCAGUCCUCUCAUGUAUCCUUCAGAAAUAUAUUAUAUUAUCAGUCUUUACAGGCAUUAUAAGGUCACAGGCCAAAGGAGAAGCACUUCCUUCUGUUUUCUGUGUCAGUUUAUGUCAUGUAUAUGUGUAUGUGUACAUAUGAAAACAACAAACGAAUGUUGGAAUAUCUCGGCAUUAUGUGUUGAUGGAUGCGCCUCACUUUGCCACAUCAUGUAUGAGUCUAUGCAUCCGUUAAAGCGUCUCUGCUGGUGCUGUAAUACACGCCAAAUAUUUUUGGGAUUGGUCACAAUGACAUUUAUCGAGGGUUGCUGACAAACGUUUCUGAUGUCCAGCUAAUACUGCAGGCUGUCAGCUUUGUUGUUCUGUGACCUUCUAUUGUGGGUAUGCAAUGUUGGGUAUACAUGCAUUCUUCACUUCCAGUUAUCUUACAUUACAUCUGUUACCAUAUUGUAAGACGAAUGUGGCUUAUCGUCUGCACCCUGCACACCACAGCUGGAUUGCAAUUGCAUUAUUUUUGUAUUCUAUAUGCUCUUAUCACCAGAUGUGUAUCUUUAUAUUGUUUCUCUCAGCAGAGGCUCAGAACUACACCUUUGCUGGAUUUAAUUUAACAUUUGGGCUCCCUGUAGCCUUUUCUGCUGAAGGGCAGUAGGACAGAUUAGCAAACAAACUGCCUGGUUGUGAUAAUAAUACCUCAACCAGGUUCACAUUAUGGUAAACGUACUGUUGCCUUACCACUACAGCACUGAUAAGAAAUAGAUGGUUUGUCAUUUCUGUGGAGGGAAAUGACAUUACUUUUGAGGUAUAUAUGUGUAUCAUGAAACCAUUCAUUAAUUAUCAGUUGCAACAAGAAAGAGAAGCCUUAAAGGUCCAGUGUGUUACAGUUAGGUGGAUCUAUUUUCAGGAACAGAAUAUAAUACUAUAACUAACUUCAUUAGUGUGUAAUCACCUGGAAAUAAGAAUAGUUUUUAUUACCAUAGUUUUUAUCUACAGACGACUCCAUGUUGAACUGCCAUGUUUCUACAGUAGCCCAGAAUGGACAAACCAAAGAUUGUCCUACACACUUCACAGCUCGUUCUCAUUCUCGGGUGGUUAAAUACAGAUGUUCACAGGUGUUCAGUUAGUUGCCGUUUGAAACUUCACCACUAGAUGCCACCAAAUCUCACACACUGGUCCUUUAAAAGGAUUCCCAUGAAUUUGAGUUACUGUUUUAAUGUUCACUGAUGUUUCCUCAGGUAAUGUAUUUACCCUCGUUCUGCGAAACCAAAAGUAAUAGUUGCCUUUAAAGUAUUUUACCUGAACAAACUGCUCAUUAUUAGUCAUAAUCUCAACACUAUGAUGGCUACCAGAAGUGAUAAGUGAUAAUAUACACUAGUGACAUUAUACUCCAUACUCCAAAAUGUUACUGUCCAAAUAGUUUCAUGGAAAUUGUAUGUAUGUGAAAUAUGUAUCAUGUUAUUUUCUCAAAUAUAAACUAUUUAUAUUUCA